AUGAUGAAGUUUCGGUUCCGGCGGCAGGGUGCCGACCCGCACCGCGACCGCCUCCGGCACGACCUCUUCGCCUUCAGCAAGACGGUGGAGCACGGCUUCCCCAGCCAGCCCAGCGCCCUGGCCUACGACCCCGUCCUGCGCGUGAUGGCCAUCGGCACCAAGGCGGGAGCCGUGAAGCUAUACGGCGCGCCAGGCGUGGAGCUGACGGGCUUGCACAAGGAGACGGCCACCGUCACCCAGCUGCACUUUCUUCCCGGCCAGGGCUGGCUCCUCUCCCUGUUGGAUGACAACACGCUGCACCUCUGGGAGGUCUGCCAGAAGGAGGGCUGCUCCCACCUGGAGGAGACCCGCAGCUUCGGCCUCCCGGGACGCCCAGGGUCCGACAGCGCUAACUGCUCCCCCGGCAUCACGCGGGUGACGGUGGUCCUGCCGACGUCCACCGGCACGGUGGCCUGCCUGGGCACCGAGGGCGGCGCAGUGUACUUCCUCGCCCUGCCCACCUUGGCGCUGCUGGAGGAGAAAACCCUCUUCCCGGACGAGAUCCUGCAGAGUGUCCCUGAUGACUACCGCUGCGGGAAGGCGCUGGGGCCAGUGGAGUCCAUCCAGGAGCACCCGCGUGACAGCAGCCGGCUCCUCAUCGGGUACAGCCGGGGGCUGGUGGUCCUCUGGGAGCAGAGCACGCGUGUCGUCCAGCACCUCUUCCUGGGGAACCAGCAGCUGGAGAGCCUGGCCUGGGAGCAGAGCGGGAAGAGCAUCGUCAGCUCCCACAGCGACGGCGGGUACAUGGUGUGGGCAGUGAGUGGCACCAGCCAGAGGUCACAGCAGCCCGUCAUGUCCACCAUCCCCUAUGGUCCGUUCCCUUGCAAAGCCAUCAGCAAAAUCCUCUGGCGGACCUGCGAGUCGGGGAACCCCUUCAUCAUCUUCAGCGGGGGGAUGCCGCGGGCCAGCUACGGCGACCGGCACUGCGUCAGCGUGCUGCAGGGCCAGAACCUGGCCACGCUCGACUUCACCUCCCGCGUCAUCGACUUCUUCACCGUGCAGAGUGCCGAGCCAUCUCCCCCCUCCCCAGGCUUUGAGAACCCCCGUGCCCUUGUGGUGCUGGUGGAGGAAGAGUUGGUGGCCAUCGACCUCCAGACGCCAGGCUGGCCCACCAUCCCUGCCCCGUACCUGGCGCCGCUCCACUCCUCCGCCAUCACCUGCUCCUGCCACGUCUCCAACGUGCCCCUCAAGCUCUGGGAGAGGAUCAUCAGCGCCGGCGAGCAGCAGAGCCCCCGGCUCUCCUCCGCAGCUUGGCCCAUCGACGGGGGGAAGAACCUGGCCCAGGAGCCCACGCAGAGGGGGCUUCUCCUCACUGGGCAUGAGGACGGCACGGUGCGGUUCUGGGAUGCCUCGGGGGUCUCCCUGAAGCCCCUCUACAAGCUGGGCACCGCCAACAUCUUCCAGACCGACUGCGAGCACAACGACAGCCUCAACCAGGCGGGCGAGGAGGAGUGGCCGCCUUUCCGCAAGGUGGGCUGCUUUGAUCCCUACAGUGACGACCCGCGCCUGGGCGUGCAGAAGAUCGCUCUCUGCAAGUACACGGCCAAGAUGGUGGUGGCUGGCACGGCUGGGCAGGUGCUGGUGAUGGAACUGAGUGACGAGAAGUCGGAGCAUGCGGUCAGCGUGGCCACGGUGGACCUACUGCAGGACCGCGAGGGCUUCACCUGGAAGGGCCACGACCGGCUGGCCCCCAGGAACGGGCCCCUGCCCUUCGCCCCCGGCUUCCAGCCCAGCGUGCUGGUGCAGUGCGUGCCUCCUGCUGCUGUCACCGCUGUCACCCUCCACUCCGAGUGGAACCUCGUGGCCUUCGGCACUAGCCACGGCUUCGGACUCUUCGACUAUUACCGGCGCAACCCCGUGCUGGCCAGGUGUACGCUGCACCCCAACGACUCGCUGGCCAUGGAGGGGCCCCUGUCCCGCGUGAAGUCCCUCAAGAAGUCCCUGCGGCAGUCCUUCCGCCGCAUCCGCAAGAGCCGGGUGUCGGGCAAGAAGAGGCUCAACACCAGCAGCCCCUCCAGCAAGGUGCAGGAGGCCAACGCGCAGCUGGCCGAGCAGGCGGGACCCCCUGAGGUGGAGAUGACACCCGUGCAGCGGCGGAUCGAGCCCCGUUCAGCUGACGACUCACUCUCAGGGGUGGUGCGGUGCCUCUACUUCGCUGACACCUUCCUCCGAGACGCCGCCCACCACGGCCCCACGAUGUGGGCAGGGACCAACUCGGGCUCGGUGUUCGCCUAUGCCCUGGAGGUGCCGUCGCAGGAGAAGUUUUCGGAGCGGGCGGUGGAGGCGGUGCUGGGGAAGGAGAUCCAGCUGAUGCACCGGGCGCCGGUGGUGGCCAUCGCGGUGCUGGACGGGCGGGGGAACCCCCUGCCCGAGCCCUAUGAGGUCUCGCGGGACCUAGCCAAGGCCCCCGACAUGCAAGGCAGCCACUCCAUGCUCAUCUCCUCUGAGGAGCAGUUCAAGGUCUUCACGCUGCCCAAAGUGAGUGCCAAGACCAAGUUCAAGCUGACGGCGCACGAGGGGUGCCGCGUGCGGAAGGUGGCCCUGGUGAGCCUGGCCAGCGCCGGCUCCGAGGAGCGGCUGGAGAACUGCCUGGCCUGUCUCACCAACCUGGGCGACAUCCACAUCUUCACCGUGCCCAGCCUACGGCCCCAGGUCCACUACGGCUGCAUCCGCAAGGAGGACAUCAGCGGCAUCGCCUCCUGCGUCUUCACCAAGCACGGCCAGGGUUUCUACUUAAUUUCGCCGUCUGAGUUCGAGCGCUUCUCGCUGAGCGCCAGGAACGUGACGGAGCCGCUGUGCCGGCUGGAGGUCGCCCGGCUCCAGGACACCUCCUGCCUCAGCAACAGCUUGACGGUGACACCGAAGCUGCCGCAGGCGAACGGCACCCACGUCCCGCACAGCCCUGAGGGCCGACGCUCCCCCACCGACAGUGACCGGUCCCCCGAGGAGCACCCAGCUGCCUUCUCGCCCGGCCCCAUCGACUCCCCUAACAGCAGCACGGAAAACCCGCUGGACACCACCGGGGACAUCACCGUGGAGGAAGUGAAGGAUUUCCUGGCGUCCUCGGAGGAAGCGGAGAGGAACCUGAGGAACGCCAGCGAGGAGGAGGCCCGGCCCGCGGGGAUCCUCAUCAAGUGAGGCAUCGCCAACCUCCCCGGCCCAUCUCAGUGCUCGGAUUCCCGGGACGCGUGACUCGACUGGACCCCCCCGCACCCCCUCCCCGCGUAACAUAGACUCGCCUCUUCUCUAACAUCCGCGUCGGCCGGUGGUGCGCCC